CUCGGCGCUGCCCGCCUUUAGGGGCCGCCGCCCCCGCCCCGCCGCCCCCGCGCCCGCCGGACACCCCCCGAGCGCCCCGAGCCCCGCCGCGUCCGACAUGAGGGAGAAGGGCCGCAGGAAGAAGGGCAGGACCUGGGCAGAGGCCGCCCGGACGGUCCUGGAGAAAUAUCCCAACACGCCCAUGAGCCAUAAAGAGAUCCUUCAAGUUAUCCAGAAAGAAGGACUUAAGGAAAUCAGGCUGCACUCCACCUGCAGAAGUGGGACAUCCCCCCUGGCCUGCCUGAAUGCCAUGCUGCACACCAACUCCCGUGGUGAGGAGGGCAUCUUCUACAAGGUCCCGGGCCGCAUGGGCGUCUACACCCUCAAGAAGGACAUCCCGGAUGGGCUGAAGGAGCUGUCGGAGGGCUCUGAGGAGAGCAGCGAUGGCCACUCGGACUCGCCGAGCUCGGAGCACAGCAGCUCCAGCAGCGACGGCUGCGCCGCCAAGGACGGCAGGAAGAGCAGGUGGAAAAGGAAAGUUUCGUCGCGCCUGGCGCCGGCAGCCCCCGCCCAGCCCGGCUGCCCCUCGCCAUCCAUCCCUGCCAAGGGCCUCUCCUCCUCACAGAAACACAGCAAGAAGGCUCUCAAACAGGCCCUGAAGCAGCAGCAGCAGAAGCAGCAGCAGCAGCAGCAGAAGCAGCAGCAGCAGCAGCAGCAGCAGUGCCGGGCGGGAAUGGCUCCGGGAAUGGGGCCGGGAAUGGCGCUGCCCUCCAGCCAGCACGUCCUGCUCAAGGCCAAGGGCGCCGCGCCCGGGAAGUCGGUGUCUCCCUCUCUGGCAGGCUGGGAAGGGAAGCAGGAUGGACAUUCCAGCAGCCCCCCAAACUCCACGUCCAGCUCCUCGCCCUCGGUGAAGCUGGAGAAUUCCCUGCCAGGGCUGGGCAAGAAGCCCUUCCCGAGAUCCGACAGGCUCCACGCACGGCAGCUGAAGAGAGCGCGCUGCGCCGACAUCGACGUGGAGACCCCGGACUCCAUCCUGGUGAACACCAACCUGCGGGCUCUGAUCAACAAACACACCUUCUCCCUGCUGCCUGCAGAGUGCCAGCAGCGCCUGCUGCUGCUGCUGCCCGACGUCGACAGACAGGUCGGGGCCGAUGGGCUGAUGAGGCUCAGCAGCUCCGCGCUCAACAAUGAGUUCUUCACCUCGGCUGCCCAGGGCUGGAAGGAGAGGCUGUCAGAAGGAGAGUUCACCCCAGAAAUGCAGCUCCGGAUCCGGCAAGAAAUCGAGAAGGAAAAGAAGGUGGAGCUGUGGAAGGAGCACUUCUUUGAGAGCUACUACGGGCAGAGUUCUGGGCUGAGCCCCGAGGAGUCGGAGCGGCUGACAGAGGCAGAGCCCACCCGGCCCCGCAGCCCCCCGGGCCCGCAGCGGGAGCAGGGCCGGUCCCCGGCGGAGCCCGAAGCACAUCCAGGCCCCGGGGCAGGAGCUGGCACAGGAGCAGCACAGGAGGGAGGAGAGGUCCCGCAGCCCAAGGCAGCCGGAGCAUCCCCGGAGCGACGGGCGGAGAGAGCCGGGGAACGCUGCGGGCCCGGCCGGGAGAGAGCCCGAGGGGACACCCUGGCCCUGCCCGAGCCUCCCCACGGAGCCACCGGCCACGGGGCACAGGAGCAGGGGAAACCCGGGGAGGGGAGGGAGACCCCGGGCAAACCAAAGAGCCCCGAGGCGGCCGAAGGAGCCAAGCCACAAAGCCCCGCGGCAGCCCCGGACGCGAAGGCCCCCGGGAGCGAGGCCAUGGAGGUCGGUGUGGAGCCCCACAAGAGGAAAUCGGAGAGCGGGGAGGGAGCUGCGGGCUCCCCGGAGAAGAAGCCCCGCGUGGCCGAGCCCUGCCAGCAGCAGGAGGCCUUUCGGAAGCAGCCCUUUCCCAGCACGGUGCCGCGGGUGCCCCCGCUCAAGAUUCCCGUGUCCAGAAUCUCCCCGAUGCCAUUUCCUGCGGGCCAGGUCUCUCCCAGGGCACGCUUCCCCCUGUCCCUCAGCAGUCCGGGCAGAACAGGGGCCAGGACCUUGGCCGACAUCAAGGCAAGAGCGCAGCAGGCCAAGGCUCAGAGGGCAGCGGCCGCCGCCGCCGCCGCCGCCUCGGCCGGGGGAGCCGUGCCAGGGCCCGGCCCGGGCGGGGGGAGACCCCCGGGCAGGGGGGGAGACCCCGGCGGAGCCCCCCAAAGCACAACUGGAGCAAACGCACUGGAACUGGCAGGAACUGGAAGCGGGGGAGGUUCGAGAAGGUUUCUUCCCCAUUGCCCAGGGCCCCGUGCCCAGGUGGAGAGGCAGGCGGAGCCGGGAGCUGCUCGCCAUCCUCCUGGAGCACAGCUACAGCCAGGGCCCCGGGCGGCAGCCCCGGCGCUAGGGACGGGCACGGGGGGCACGGGGGGCUCCGGCAGCGGAACCCCGGGAGGCACCGGCUGUGACCCCUCCAAAAGCCAAUCUCCUUCCCCCCUGCUGUCCCCCCUGCCAGCCACGGGCCCCGGGGCUGUGCCCGUCCCACCGUGCAGCAGCUCCUCAGCAGCACCCAGCCUUAAAUCCGCUCCCGGCGGGGCCCUGCCCAGAGCCAGCUCCAGCAUUCCUGCCAACAACCCUUUGGUCACCCAGCUGCUCCAGGGCAAGAGCGUCCCUCUGGAGCAGAUCCUGCCCAAGCCGCUCACCAAAGCAGAAAUGAAAAGUGUCCCGGUGGCUCCUCAGGAAGAGAAGGGGGCAGCAGCCCCCGGUGCAGCGGGGAACGGCGCCGAGGCGGGGGACAGAGCGUCGAGUUUGCCCCCGCAGCAGCUCGGGAAGAUCUUCUGCCAGAACAGGCCCCUGCCUCACAUUCCAAGGACCUUCCCGCUCCCCUCGGGAAAGGAGCCCGCUCCUGAGCAGCAGCAGUGCCACGAGGCGCUGAGCAAAUCCACCCAGGAGCAGAUCCUGCAGACUCUCAUCAAGAGGGUGCAGAGGCAGAACCUGCUGCCCGUCCUUCAGCCCUCACAGCUGAACCUCCCGCACUCAGGUUUCCCGCUGGAAAACAGCUCCACCAGCCAGAGAUUCAUGCUGGGCUUCACGGGCAGGAGGACGUCCAAGCCUGCCAUGUCCGGCCACUACCUGCUCAACAUCUCCACCUACGGCCGCGGCUCCGAGAGCUUGAGGAGAGGCUUCUCCCUGAGCGCCGAGCCCCGCCUGGGGCUGCCCGAGGGCGCCAGGGCAGAGCCCGAGGAGGUGAUGGGCCGGGGCAGCAGCAGCAGCAGCAGCGAGGAGGACGCGGACGACGAGAGCUCCGGGGACGAGCGGGAGCGCAUCGGCGUCGAGGAGGAGCCGCGGGCGGGGCAGGGGGAGAAGGAGCGGGGCUCACACGGCCCCACGGACCCCCCCGGCUCCCCGGGGCCGACGGCCGAGGGGCUCCCGGUGCCGCCGGCAGCCGGCCCCAAGGAGAAGGCGCCGGCGCUGGACGGCAGCGCGCUGGCCCGGGACCUGCUGCAGGCGGCGCAGGAGCAGAUGGCCCACGCCAUCAGGGGCAAGGGCCACGGCGGCACGGAGCUCUUCGGGGCCCCGUCCCCGGACUCGGCGCAGCCGCCGCUGCUCCCCGCCCCGCACCCCCCGAAGCUGCCGGGGAGCUCCGGGCCGCAGCUCCUGGGGCCCAGCUACAGCGGCACCAUCAACGUCUCCACCUCGCCCGACGUGGGCCAGGGCUCGCUCGUCACCGGGCUGUCCGAGUGCAACCAGCUGGCCAGCUCCAUGGGCAACGUCAUGUCCUUCUCCGUCACCGUCACCACCAUCCCCGCCGGGCAGGCCGUGAGCUCCGGCGGCCACGGGCAGAGCCUCCCGGUGCAGGCGUUCGCCGAGGACGGCGGCAUGGAGGAUCCCCCUUCCAAAUGUUACUGCAGGUUGAAAGCCAUGAUCAUGUGCAAGGGCUGCGGCGCCUUCUGCCACGACGACUGCAUCGGCCCCUCCAAGCUGUGCGUCUCCUGCCUCGUGGUGCGGUAA